CGCCCCGCCCCACCCCCGGUAUUUUGGUCCUAAGUGGCCUGCGUAGGGGCAGCGGGAACAUGGCGGCGUCCGCUUUGGCGGCACGGGCCGCCGCAGGGAUCAUUCGACCCCUGCAUAUUUUGGUUUCAUCAGCCUUCCGAAGCUGUUCCAGCUCUAUGCGCCUGGUUUCCACACUGUCUGGACGACCUCUCAGCCACAUUCAAGCACCGCUUGCUUCUCCUGCUGCCAAACUAGUUCCACCUGUUAGAAGUCUGGCGUUUGGGCACCCUUCAGCAAUCCUUAAUAGUGUCAGCCCUUUGCUUCCAGCCGUCCUACGACCGCCAGUCAGAACUUUAAUCUACUGUAGUUUGAGAAAAGGAAAACGGAAAUCCGUCAAAGCUGUGCUCUUCAGGUUUCUGCGACUACAUUGUGGUCUGUGGGUGAGGAAAAAGGCUGGUUAUAAGAAGAGGUUGUGGAAGAAGAAGCCUGCACAGAAAAGACGCCUCCGCGAACAGGUGUUCUGCAACAAAACACAAAGCAAACUGCUUGAUAAAAUGACCACGUCUUUCUGGAAGAGGCGGAACUGGUAUGUCGAUGACCCCUUCCAGAAGUACCACGAUCGCACCAACCUCAAAGUGUAGGCCUGCCGACACGGGAUGUUUGGGACGGGACGGGGGGACUCUUCCUUGUGUGCAGAUCUUUAUAUCUCCGUACAAAGAUGAGUAAGGCAAAUGGUUUAAAUGGCAACAGUACAAAAUACCAGAAUAAAUCAGACUUGGUGACAAAUGG